CCUUAGUACCUCUUCUCUUCACCCAAACCCAACCGCGAUCAGAAUCCACAAGAAAAUGGGCCAAACCCCGUCAAAGCCGCGCCCGGACACCACCAUCCAAGUAAUCGGCGCCGGCCUCUCACGCACAGGCACAGCGUCAUUCAGCGCGGCGCUCGCCAUCCUGCUAGACGGUCCGAUUUACCACGGCGGCACACAAGCGGCGCUCGGCCCGCCGACCGAGAUCCUUGCCUGGAACCGGCUCCUGCGCGCCUGGCUCCGGCGCGAUGAACCCGAGACCCUUUCGCAGCUGCGCGCCCUGACGACGGGCUACGCCGCCAUCACCGACGCGCCGGCCUCGCAGCUCGUGCCCGAGCUCCUCACGCUGUACCCGGAUGCGAAAGUCAUCGUCACGGUCCGCGACCCCGACGCCUGGCUGCAGAGCAUGGAGACGCUGACCUCGUGGGUCAGACUCCGCUUCCUCCAGGUGAUCCUCUGGCCUUUGCCGGGGUUGCGGCACUUCGUGACCUGGAUCGCCUUGAUCCGGGCGCAGUGGAAUUGUGUCUACGAUGGGAAGGCGCAGGAUAAGGCCUAUGUAUAUCAGCGUCAUUUGGAGUGGUUGCGCGAGGUGGUGCCUGCCGACCGGUUGGUCGUGAUUGAUAUCAGGGACGGGUGGGAGCCGCUUUGUCGCGCGCUCGGCAAGGAGGUGCCCAAGGAUGUUCCGUUUCCCCGCAUUAAUGAUUCCAAGGCGAUGGAGCGCGUGGCGGCGUAUCAUAUUCGGAGGGGUUUGGUGCGGUGGGCGAUUGCGUUGGGGGCUCCGAGUGCCCUACUCAUCGUCAAGAUCCUGGCGCCCUUCGCUCUCGUCUCAGCCAAUCUUGGGCUAUUGACCCGUGCGCUACGGUUACCAUCAGGCGCGCUAUUUGUAUUCGUCGUCACUGCCAGCGAUUACCUGACGUUGCGAUUCUUCCCUGGCGGUCAGUGUCCGACCGCCGGUUUGGAGGCGCCCGUGGAUGGAGAUGACUUGCCCAAACCGGUUUAG